GACUCCUCCCCCUCCCUCCCUCCUCCCUUUUCCCCGCUCUAGCUCGGCCGCCAGCUCCGGCCUCGGCUCCCCCUCAUAGAACCCCCUCCCCGGAGUGGAGCCCACCCGAGGGUCCCUCUCCCGCCCCUCUGCCCGCCGCCCGCCAGAACAGCAGCCCCGGGGGGCAGCCCCCACCAGCCUGCCUCCCUCCAGCUCAGCCCUGCCAGAGCCCCCCCAGCCAUGAAUCUCUUCCGAUUCCUGGGAGACCUCUCCCACCUCCUAGCCAUCAUCUUGCUACUGCUUAAAAUCUGGAAGUCCCGCUCGUGUGCCGGGAUUUCAGGGAAGAGCCAGGUCCUGUUUGCUGUGGUGUUCACUGCCCGCUACCUGGACCUCUUCACUAACUACAUCUCACUUUACAACACGUGCAUGAAGGUGGUCUACAUAGCCUGCUCUUUCACCACGGUCUGGAUGAUUUACAGCAAGUUCAAAGCCACUUACGAUGGGAACCACGAUACGUUCCGGGUGGAGUUCCUUGUUGUCCCCACAGCCAUCCUGGCAUUCCUGGUCAACCACGACUUCACUCCUCUGGAGAUCCUCUGGACCUUCUCCAUCUACCUGGAGUCGGUGGCCAUCUUGCCGCAACUGUUCAUGGUGAGCAAGACUGGCGAGGCGGAGACCAUCACGAGCCACUACCUGUUUGCCCUGGGCGUCUACCGCACCCUGUAUCUCUUCAACUGGAUCUGGCGCUACCACUUUGAGGGCUUCUUCGAUCUCAUCGCCAUCGUGGCUGGCCUGGUCCAGACUGUCCUCUACUGCGAUUUCUUCUACCUCUAUAUCACCAAAGUCCUAAAGGGGAAGAAGCUAAGCUUGCCGGCAUAGCCCUGGUCCUCACCAGCCCUCUCCUCGGCAGUGUCGGGAGGCAGAGGAAGGUGACAGAAGAUGGGUUGACUUCCCGUCCAGGGGUGACUUUUUAAAGAAUCCAUCUCUUCCUGCUCCCCAUAACCACUCCUACUGGGCUGGGGUGGGGGGCAAUGGAGGACCCAAGUCUUGGGGAGCUCAGGACCUGGGCUGUUUGUAGUUUUUUGCCUUUUAGAGAAGAAAAAAAAAAAAAUCUUUCCACUAUUUAGUUUUUGAUUCUGAUGACUCCUUUCUCUUCUACUCUCUGGCCCCAAUUUUUAUAAACUGUUUUCGAGUGUACUAUGGGCCAAGGCCGGGCCAGGGGUCUCUUCCCGUCCUCGAGCCCCUCAGGCCUUUCCAGGUUCUGCCCACAGCCCCACUGGUUGCCAAACACUAAACUGCCCACUGCCUGCCCCACUUCUCACCGUGGCCAGGACCACAGCGCCUCCACCCAAGUUCCUGGGUUGGGGAUAGGGAAGAAGGGGGGCCCAGGAAGGUUUCCCCUGAUUUUUCAUAAUAACGCCCCCCCAGAAUUUGAGUUUUUGUUUUUUUCCUGUUUUUUCACAAAUGAGGGGGGCUCUGGGCUCAGGCAUGGGAAGGGGCUGGCAUAAGGGUUGCCACAGCUCUGAUGCCAUGUUUUUGUACAGAAUUUGAUGGUUAAUUCUUUGUUCUCUUGAAAUAAACAGAGGAAAAUGAUACCUCUUUUGCUA